CUGCUGAGCGCCGCGGUGCCGCCACAGUUCAGGGCGAGCGGAGAACAGGUGAGUUGGUGCUGCUGCAUGCAGACGAUGCUGCCUGGCUGGACGAGCGUCCUGAUGCUGCUGCUGCAGGCGGCCGGGAGCCGGGCCCAGAGCGGAGACGGCGACCCGGACUCAGAACCGAGCCUCAGCUGCAGCUCUCAUGUCAGCGUCCGGGCGAACAGCCUGACCUGCCACCUGCUGGGACGCCAUAGAGACGAGGACGACGAGGACGGAGACAGAGACGCCAUCGACAAGAUGAUCGUCUGCCAGGUGAGGAUGGAGAACGACAGGAUGGAGGAGAAAUGUGUGAGGGCUGAUGGAGGCACGGUGAGCGGUCUGAGUACAGUGGCCGUCGCCAACGUGACGGUCCACCGGCGGGGAGGAGGACGGCUGUCAGCCACCGUGCUGCUGGAGAAGAUCGUGAAGCCCAAAAGUCCGAGGAUUUUCAACGUGACAAUGGAUCCGAUGAAGAACCGGGCUGAGAUCUACUUCCAGAUCCCCUACAGCAGAGACUACCUGAAUCUGAACACCCAGAUCUUCCAGCUCAACCUGUGGACCCACGGCAGCAACAUCACCCAGAACGUCACGUCUAAGAACUUCCUGCACAUCGACAGGCAGCACCUCCGUCAGGACUCUGAGUACCAGGUCAGAGUCCGGUCCAUCCCUACCGGCGUUCUGCAGGGAACCUGGAGCACCUGGAGCCCCGAGUUCCCCUUCCACAUGCCGCCUGAGGAGAAGCUGCCGAGUUCAGAUAAGACGGAGUGGACCGUCUCCGGACCCGUCCUGAGCUUCGUCUCUGCGCUGGUGGUUCUGUGCAGCAUCAUCAUCGUCUGGAAGUCGGGGAUCUUGUCCUACAUGUGGCCCAGCAUCCCACACCCCAAGCAGGCGCUGGUCCAGAUCUGCAAACCGAACAAGGGCCUGUUGCUGGACCUCAACCCUGAGGUCUUCAGCUCCCUGCGAGUCCUGCCGCUGGAGAAGCCACAGGCGGAGGAGGCAGAGCCGCACAGGAGGCCCAUUGGGACCGGGUCCGCCGCCGGGUCCCAAUCCAGAUCCCAGUCCGCCGCUGGGUCCCAAUCUGGAUCCCAGUCCUCCGCCGGGUCCCAAUCUGGAUCCCAGUCUGGAUCCAGGUCCAGCUCCUCCCACAGCACCACCAGCAGCGCCUCCAGCGCCGUCACAGAGGAGCUGGAGGUCUCUGCGCUGCUGAGCUGCUCAGACGGCGAGGACAGCGUCCCCAGCAGCGCCCCGUCCCCCGUCGACGUCCUGCGGCGCGAAGACGAGUCCCAGAACCUUCUGGCCCGGCGUGGCGGCCCGGGGCAGGAGGAGGCCUACGUCACCAUGUCCAGUUUCUACCAGAGCCAGUAGCACAGCGCCACCAGCUGGAGGACCAGCGUCUCAUCUGUCCUUCACAUCUGACUCCCAAAGCUGGACUCAUACGACCUUUGACCCUUCCUCAGGCAUCUUUGUUCAUUCUUCAGGGCUCCUCUCAGUAUUUGACCUUUGACCUCAUGUAGCUGCUUCCUGACUGGACCCUAAGCCCCCAGUCCCCCAGAACCUGAGAACAACCAGUUCCUCUUACUGGUCCCAGCGCUCACAUUCACACUAACAGGACGAGUCACAUGGUCUACGGCAGCCAAUCAGAGGCCAGCUUCUCCUCUGUCCCUGAUUGGCUCAGGAAACGAUUUUAUUUUAGCAGUUUGAUCGAAUAUUACAGCCUGAAUGAGGAUAAUAAAUAAUUUAAUUUGGGGAAUAAAGUCAUAAUAUUAUCAGAAUAAAGAGAAAAACCUGAAAUGUUAUCAGAUGUGAACGGCUCAGCUGCAGGUUUUCAUUUCUAGUCAAAGUUUAAAUCCUGUGACUGAUUUUCUGAUGCUGAUAUGAUAAAAACUUAUUUAUAAAACCCAUAAAGAUGUUCCUCAUUUUAACACAAAGAUCAAAAAAAUGUUUUAAACGGAGGAACUGAAAAAAUUUACAAGAUGAUUCUGACAAAACGACAAAUUUAUUCUCUUAUUCCGGCUUUAAUAUCAUGUUAUUAUCAUUAUUACUAUCAUUAUUAUCAUUAUUACUAUCAUUAUUAUCGUUAUUACUAUCAUUAUUAUCGUUGUUACUAUCAUUAUUAUCAUUAAUACUAUCAUUAUUAUUGUUAUUACUAUUAUUAUCCUCUCCUGUUGUUUCGGCUUCAUGCUGGUAGAGUUUCUGUCUCACACCGGACCUGCUGCUGGUUCUGAACAUUUGGGUCAAACUGAUUCUGAUGUUUUCACAGGUCCUGCUGUAGAUCCAAACGGACUUUGGUUCUCCAUGAAGCUCAGUUAAAUCAGAAGGUUCUGUUGGUGGAACAUGGCAGCAGAACCAGAACCAGGCGGUCCAUUUGACCCGUUCUGGAGGUUCUUCAUUCAAGGUUCUGGUCCCAAAGUUCACAAGCGUUCCUGAUCUCAGAAGAGAAACUCAGAGACCCAAUCAGAACCAACCAGAAGGUUCUGAUGGACUUCCUUCAUCUGGCUCCAGAACCUUCUGAUAGAACUGAACCUUCAGAAGAACCAAAGCAUCCAAACCCAACAGAACCAAGAGACAGAACGGUUCCUCUGGUUCUGAUCCGUUCAGUUCAGAUUGAAGGUCGUCUGAAGGAACCAAGGAAUCAUCAUUCAGUCCGAUCAUUUGGGUCAGAACCGGGUCAAAAGCCAAUCACAGCCCAGAUUGGGUCGACGUGAUCGUAAAGGUCGUUUCCAUGGAAACCAGCUGGUUGCCAGUCAUGUUCAGCCUCCAGAACCUUCAGAGUUCUACAUGUUCUGUGGUUUGACCCGGUUCUGUUUGGGUUCUGGUUCCUAACAGCAGUGGAACCUGUGGAAACAUCAGAGACGUUCUUUAGAAGCUGCUCCCAUCCGGACCCGUCCGGUUCUGGACCCGUCCGGACCCUCAGAACCGGCCGCUGCUGCAGAGUUUCGUUUCCCCUGCAGCACUCAAACGCAUCGCGUGCCGAGUGGGAACUUCCUGUUGCCACGGCGACCUGUUUGUUCUGAUUGUGGUCGGGUCGGGUCGACGUCGCUGCUGUAAGAUCCGACCCGGUCCAAACGUCACGAGCAUCCAGACCAGAAUGUAUGGCUCCGCUUUGUCUGUAUUAGUGUUCUGUACAUACUGCCAGGUUUGAACUAGGACCUUUAUUUAACCGCUGUUAACCAGUUAUUGAUUGUGAUCAAUAAAGUAAAAAAUUCAUAUGAAAAGUUUCUGUUGAAAUGAUGAAGCAAAGUUUCACAUCCUAGAGAUGGAAAUCAAUUAUUUGAUAUCAGUGAUCACUGUAAAACAUUAAUAACA